AUUAAAAAUUAAUGAAAUAUAACACACAACCUUUAGUGAUUACACUCUUUCACAACCUAGAAGCCCCCAUCCAACUCAAUUUUGACUUUCCAGAUUAAGUGACUCUCGUUUCUCACCUAAUAUCUUGUUAUUUUAAUAACACCAAAAAACAAACACUAGUAUUAGUCGGCUCUCAACCUCCAAUUCGUCAAAUUAAGGAUUACCAAUGACAAGAAUUUGAGAUAUCACCUCUCAUCCAUUCUCCUUAUCCAUAUCCUAGCUCUAGGCAACCUCAAGACUCUUUACUUAGUCUCUUUGCCCUAAAUUAAACAAUCAAAUCUAAUUUAUGUAUUUAAUUAUUACUUGCAAAGGUAAUUAAUUUCGUAUUCGAUAAUACCGAUUGGGAUACCGAAGUACCGAUUGGGAUACCAAAAUAUUUAGAGAUUGGGAUUGGGAUACCAAAAUUAUUUAGGGAUUGGGAUUGGGAUUGACUUUAGGGUGUAAUUCGGUAUUCGGGAUUUGAUAUUGGGAUACCGAUACCGUACCGAUUUCCACCCCUAGUAGCGGUGUCUCUUCCGAAUGUCGUGGCGGAUGGUCCAUGUUUCUAUGAGAUCGGAGUUCUUCCUUGGGGUUGAUUUGCAGUGUGGGUGUGGGUUGUUGUUGAUGGUGUGGGUUGUGCUGCUCGUUGGUGUUCUUGUUCUUGGAUCUCUUUUUGGCUUUGUGUUUCUGCAGGCUGGUGGGUCUUCUUUCUUGUGGUUUUUGUGGGUAUUUCAAUCCUUUGUGUUCCCUGCUCUCUGGUUUGUCAUGGAUGCAUUCGUUGCCGGCUCCCUCUCUUUGUUUCAGUUCUGAACAAUCCUGUAUAGUCCUGCCCACCGCCAUGUAAUCUCUUCGGUGAUUCACUGUGAUGGGUCGUCUUCGAACAACUCCCAGGAGGUGGCAUAUGGUGUUGCAAUGUUCAAUCAUCAUGGUCAUUUCUGUAUUGGAUGAGCUGAAGCUUUCCUUUGAGUUUUUCUGAUUAAUGAGGUUGCAAAGAGUUAUUCUUGCGGCUCAAGAUUGGAAUGCCCUUGUCUAGUUGGAUCAUGCUUGGUUUUCUCUUGUUCUGAUUUUUUCCUCGUUGGUUUGUGUGUUCCUCUGGAUGUUGAGGCUGUUCUUUCUUGAUUUGUUUUCUCAUGUUGUAUCCCUUCUUUGUAACCAAUUUUACCAGUUGAGCAAUAUAAGUGAUCCCUUUGUCAAAAAAAAAGAAAGUAUAACUUAAGAGAUAAACCGUGUAUCGCUGAUUGUUUAAAUAAUAAAUACUAAUUACUGUGAGAUUACAUGAUAUGAACUAGGUGAAAUUUACGAACUAUCACACAAAAAAGAAGAUGAAGUGAAUAACAUGAUACCAUGAUAAAUGAGUUGAAGUGAAUAACAUGAUACCCCCAAAUAAAACAAGACUCUCUACCCUACCCUACUUAUCAUUAACCGCCCUAAGAGCAUCCACAUUGGUAUUGCAUUUUCACUUGCAAAAUGACAUGGCAUAGGUGUUUGCAAUUGCAAAAUUAAUUGCAUUGCUAUGGCUACCAAUUGCAUAUUUGCAAGCUUGCAACAAAUGAAAUUCCAUAUGCAAGUCAAAAAAGACUAAAAAAAUGGGGAUUUUUUAUUUUAUAUUAUUUUCUUUUCUCUUUUAAUUAAUUUUUAUAAUUUAAACAUAAUAUUUAAUUACAUUUGCAAUUGCAGGUUAAUUGCAUUGAUGUAGCUGAAUGAAAUGAAUGUGAUGUGGAUUGUAAAAAAUUUGAGUUGACAAUAAAAAACACAAAUGUAAUUUCUUUUGCAAUUGCAUUGAUGAAGAUGCUCUAAUCCUAUACCAUGGACGUAUUAUAUUCGGGGAUGUUGAGAAUGGCCGAUGGCGUGAUCCAUGUAUCACGAUUAUCAGACGGUUCAUUUGUCACUUGUUCGUUACUUAUGUGAGGGAUAAUUAACUAAUUAAUUAAGAAUACUAAUGACCGGAAGAGCGGUUUUGAUUCUCGUUAAGAGGAAGCCUCCACCACCCUCUCCCAAUUUCUGCCGUUGCUCGUUGGAUGCCUGCGUUUGGAAUUUGGAUAUUAGUAGAUUCGGGUUGGAUCCGGUCCUUAAGUCUCAUUGUUUAAGGAGGUUCUUAAACCAUUUUUAUUGGUUAAUACUAGGCAGUUAAUAGGAGUUAGUAGUUAAUAGUUAGUUAGAAUAAAUAAGAUAUUAUGAAAAUAUAAUUAAUAUUACUCAUUAAUGAUUCUCUUUCUCUCUCCCCUUGAUCUUCUCUAUAACCCUCUCUCUCCACUACAAUUAAAAGGAAAUUCGAAAUUAAUUUAAUUAAAUAUUAUUAUUUAAUAUUCAAUAAAUUCGAACUUAAUAUUUUUUAUUUUUUAAAAUGAAAAUUGAAAAUUAAAAUAUAUGCUCUCUCACUUCGUGACAACUUGCAAUACAGUAUUAACAUUUUGCAAUGACAUUAUCAACAUUUAUGAAAUGAAUCGUUAUUAUUAUACCUCAUCAUUAUUAACGACUUCAAUAUACUUAUCAAUUCUUUACAAUUACAUUAUUAACAAUUUUGGAUCAAUUGUUACUGUUUUAUAGUUUCGUCAUCAACGCCUAUGAAUGAAUCGUUAAAGUUAUGUAGCAUGGUCAUUAACAGUUUGAAUAACAAUAUCAUUGAUUUACAACAUCUUUAGUACUAAUGAUUCACAUUUUCAAGUCAUGUUUAUCACUAUCUAGUCAUGCCUCUUCCAAUGAUUUCUAAUGACAUUAUUAACGUUUUAUGAUCAAUUAAUAUUGCUUUACAUUAUCAUUCUCAAUGAUCAUAAAGCACAAUACUGAUUUUCAACAUCUUAGGUACUUGUGACAUAGUGCACCUGUGUGAUUCAGUCAAAUAAACAUUGUCCAAAAAAAAUAUUAGCUCAAGAAAACCAACAUUCACACCUCAACACCAAACUUUUAAUAACAAUCUGUUUGUGCCCAUACAAUUCGCCUUACUGGUCACACCUUAGGCUCCUUACCUUGGAGCCUGAUCUUCUGAGCGCCCGAUUCCUACUUAACGCCCUGUAGGCGCCUCACCUUGAAGCCCGCUCCUUGGGGCGCCUUGGUCCUGCUGGUCAAUCCUUAGGCGCCUGACCUACACACACGCACUUGGAGCCUGAUCUUCUGAGCGCCCGAUUCCUACUUAACGCCCUGUAGGCGCCUCACCUUGAAGCCCGCUCCUUGGGGCGCCUUGGUCCUGCUAGCCAAUCCUUAGGCGCCUGACCUACACACACGCACUUGAAGCCCGCUCCUUGGUGCGCCUUAGUCCUACUAGCCAAUCCUUAGGCGCCUGACCUACACACACACUGAGGGGGGCGCCUGGGCCCAUUAAUCCUCCGACGCCCAAGUUAGUUCCAAUUAUAGAGAGAGAAGUAUGAAACUAUAAGUUUUAGUGAGAGAGUCCAACCUGUGUAAAUGCUACCAACUGCCCAUAUUUAUACUCACCGAGCUCGAGGUGGAUCUCCUCCACGUCACCAUCUCAUUAAAUGCUUUGUACCUUCACUUCUGUCAGAAUCCCCAACCACCUUGUCAGGCUUAUGUCGGCUGGCAGGCGCCCACAGGCGGGGGACCACUUGCCAGCCUGGACCUCUUUGGCCCUUAGUGCUUUGCCUCCAUGCCUAUGCUGCCUGGAGUGCAAUGGGCUUUGCCGGCUUCUUCUCCUGGCCCAUUGCCUUGGGAUACUUUCACCUAACUGGGCUCUUCUUGAGCCCCUUUAGUAAUGCCCUCAACAAUUCCGGGCUUCUUCUCCUGGCCCAUGGCCUUGGGCUACCUUCACCUAAAUGGACUCUUCUUGGGCCCCUUUAGUAAUACCCCCAACAAUUGCCCCCCAGUUAGGCGCUCAUAGUCCCUUACUUGAGUGCCUAACUGAUCUCUUGGCUUGGACGCUUAGUAUGCACCACUCAUUCUUGGCGGGCGCUCAAUUAUCCGCCUGAGUUUAACUUUUGACCCCCGAGUCCUUGUCAUCAUUCUACGCUCGUCCUGCGCUCGGGCGCCCGCUCGUGUGACCAAAUGGGCCCUCUUUGUAAUAUCCCCAACAAUUGCCCCCCAGUUAGGCUCUCAAGUUCCCAAAGCUUGAGGGCCUGACUAUAUUGUCUCGUCUUACCACUAGAAUAAGGCUCCCACUGUGUCUCGUGGCAGGCGCUUGGUUCUGUCAAGGUGGGGCGCUUUCUCCUGAGCAACUUUUCCGUACUUAGGCACUUCACGCAUCUUCGCUCAGUGGGAUGCCUCGUCCUUACGCAGUAAAUGCCCACCUUUCCUUGUUACAGGCGCCUCGUCUUAUUGAAUCAUGCGCCUGUUAAUUAUUGAUUUCCUCCUUCUGGACCUAGGCGCCUGGGUUGCGUGCUCUCCUUGCUACCCAAAUUCGACCUACCCACCUUUCUGGGCCCAAAUGUGGGGUUUGCUUUCCACUGCUCCAAUGAGCUACAUUGAGCUUUUACUUGAACUUGUUCCUUUGUAAUACCCCCCAACAAUUACCCCCCCUCGUUUAUCUUCACAUUCAUGACAGGCGCCUGACCGUUGCAUACGUUGCUCGUUUAUGACAGACGCCUCCCUUUGCAAGGCACACGCCCCACAUCCUUACUUUUGAAACAGGCGCCUGCAAAAUACCCCCUCUCGUUCAUCGUCACAUUCAUGACAGGCGCCCGACCGUUGCAUACGUUACUCGUUCAUGACAGGCGCCUCCUUUUGCAAGGCACAUGCCCCACAUCCUUACUUUCGAAAUAGGCGCCUGCAAAAUGCCUUUUCUCGUUCAUCGUCACAUUCAUGACAGGCGCCUGACUGUUGCAUACGUUGCUCGUUCAUGACAGGCGCCUCCCUUUGCAAGGCACACGCCCCACAUCCUUACUUUCGAAACAGGCGCCUGCAAAAUACCCCAUCUCGUUCAUCAUCACAUUCAUGACAGGCGCCUGACCGUUGCAUACGUUGCUCGUUCAUGACAGACGCCUCCCUUUGCAAGGCACACGCCCACAUCCUUACUUUCGAAACAGGCGCCUGCAAAAUGCAUUCUCUCGUUCAUCGUCACAUUCAUGACAUGCGCCUGACUGUUGCAUACGUUGCUCGUUCAUGACAGGCGCCUCCCUUUGCAAGGCACACACCCCACAUCCUUACUUUUGAAACAGGCGCCUAUAAAAUGCCUCCCUUCAAUUGUGUAAACUUGAGGCUUGGAGUGCCACGUAACAUUCUAUCUCGACAACUUUGAUAUUCCGGGCGCUUUGAGUAUUUCGGGCGCUUUAGGUAUUGCGGGGCGCUUUGUGUAUUACGGGCGCUUUACAUCUCCCUUAGAGAUCUUUCAAAUAUUAGGACGCUAGAUUUGGGCGUGGAGAGUAUUUCCAAUCAAGGGCGCUAUAUUUCGGGCGCUUUAUGUAUUACGAUCAAAAGAUUUUAUUUGGGUGCACCAAACAUUUCAAAACAAAGCGAUAUAUCAUGGAGGUAACACCAAAUUUCACAAAAAAACAAAGUACUUAGCUUGUUUUGAGUGUGUUGAAGCUCAUGCCAACCGCGGCGAAGCCCAUGCUAACGCUUGCGAGGCUCCUAAGUGAAAUAAUGACGCAUACGAAUAGAUGACAACAACUUGUAACUUAGCCUGAUGGCGUAGGCGCCCGUUCUUCUUUAGAAGGUAUGAGGUGCAAAGCUUCACUCAGGCAUUUUAUUAGCCCUUUGUUUUAAACUGAGCAUCUGGGCUUUAAUAAGUCGUGUCAACCUCUCUUGGGCUUCGGACCGAGCUCCUGGGCUUAACGAGCCUCUUUGUUUUGGGCUUUAAACUUGCUCCCAAAUUUCAAGAUAAAAAUAGGAGAAGACAUCUGGCUCAUAGAUGAAAUGGGCACCUCAAUGAAAUUAGGCGCUUAGGGCCUCUUUUAAACCAGAUAGGGAGGCGUCGAGCCCAAAUAGGAGAUGGGUGCCCAGACGUUAGCCUAGCUUGAAAUGCUCUUUUAAUUAUAGGUGUCUCCGGUGAAAUGAGAAUUUUAUAGUAGUCCACUAGUAUAGGCGCCUGAUUCAAUGUUGAAGCCCAUGUUGGGUUAGAGUCGCCUGUCAUGAUGCGACGAAUAUAGUGCUUCUUGUGUCGACUAGAUGGACUCGGUGCCUUUUUUUUUCCUUCUUUCUAAAUGUCCCUCUAUUGCGCCUCUAGCUUUGCGACGCCAAUCAGUCGUGGCACAAAGCCUUCUCUUUCUUAAUUUUGAAAGCGCCUCUUUUUCCUUCUUUAUUUUGUGUCAUGCGCUUCCUCUUCCUCUCCCACUUGUAGGCGCCUCCUCACUCAUGAUUCUUGGUUAUAUUCCCUUUCCUGGCGCGCCAAUUGUUUGUGCCCAUACAAUUCACCUUACUGGUCACACCUUAGGCUCCUUACCUUGGAGCCUGAUCUUCUGAGCGAUCGAUUCCUACUUAACGCCCUGUAGGCGCCUCACCUUGAAGCCCGCUCCUUGGGGCGCCUUGGUCCUGCUGGUCAAUCCUUAGGCGCCUGACCUACACACACGCACUUGGAGCCUGAUCUUCUGAGCGCCCGAUUCCUACUUAACGCCCUGUAGGCGCCUCACCUUGAAGCCCGCUCCUUGGGGCGCCUUGGUCCUGCUAGCCAAUCCUUAGGCGCCUGACCUACACACACGCACUUGAAGCCCGCUCCUUGGUGCGCCUUAGUCCUACUAGCCAAUCCUUAGGCGCCUGACCUACACACACACUGAGGGGGGCGCCUGGGCCCAUUAAUCCUCCGACGCCCAAGUUAGUUCCAAUUAUAGAGAGAGAAGUAUGAAACUAUAAGUUUUAGUGAGAGAGUCCAACCUGUGUAAAUGCUACCAACUGCCCAUAUUUAUACUCACCGAGCUCGAGGUGGAUCUCCUCCACGUCACCAUCUCAUUAAAUGCUUUGUACCUUCACUUCUGUCAGAAUCCCCAACCACCUUGUCAGGCUUAUGUCGGCUGGCAGGCGCCCACAGGCGGGGGACCACUUGCCAGCCUGGACCUCUUUGGCCCUUAGUGCUUUGCCUCCAUGCCUAUGCUGCCUGGAGUGCAAUGGGCUUUGUCGGCUUCUUCUCCUGGCCCAUUGCCUUGGGAUACUUUCACCUAACUGGGCUCUUCUUGAGCCCCUUUAGUAAUGCCCUCAACAAUUCCGGGCUUCUUCUCCUGGCCCAUGGCCUUGGGCUACCUUCACCUAAAUGGGCUCUUCUUGGGCCCCUUUAGUAAUACCCCCAACAAUUGCCCCCCAGUUAGGCGCUCAUAGUCCCUUACUUGAGUGCCUAACUGAUCUCUUGGCUUAGACGCUUAGUAUGCACCACUCAUUCUUGGCGGGCGCUCAAUUAUCCGCCUGAGUUUAACUUUUGACCCCCGAGUCCUUGUCAUCAUUCUACGCUCGUCCUGCGCUUGGGCGCCCGCUCGUGUGACCAAAUGGGCCCUCUUUGUAAUAUCCCCAACACAAUCCAAUAAAUCAUUGAUAACGAA